AUUGUGGGUAAUGUGCUUCCCUCGCCUUCGGGAGCUGCCGCGCGGGAGCCCUCGGCACAUGGCUGUGGAGCCCGCGAGGCCGCGUUAGCCCGGCGGUGGUCGCCCUCCAGGCCUCGCCGCGAGCUCCCGGGAGGACGGUGCCGGAGCGGGGCCGUGUCCCGGCGGGGCCGUGAGCGCCGAGCGUCGUUGGAAAAGGGUGGUUCACCAAGUCAGAGGCUCCAAAGCGACAGGCCGUGAUGGAGAAGCGCCAGAGGGUCGCCCCUGCCAUGCUGAGGCGGGUCCGAGACUUGCUGAGCCGCUAUUGUUGGGGUUCAGGCCUUCCAGCCACACAGACGGGGCUCUGCCCACAGAGUUCGAUGGCUGUGGCAGCGCCAAGGCGCCAGGCUGAGGAUAUGGACUUUGAGGACGUGGCCAUUGCCUUCUCCCAGGAGGAGUGGGGGCUCCUUGAUGAGGCUCAGAGACUGCUGUACUGCGAGGUGAUGCUGGAGAACUUUGCACUUGUAGCAUCUGUUGGUUGUUGGCAUAAAAGUGAAGAUGAGACCUCUUCCAAGCAGAGUGUAUCUGUAACAGCAGAGUCACAGGUCAAGGCUUCUAAGACAGCUCUACCAACCCUGAAGACCCAUCUUUGUGACCGGUGUGUCUCAGUCUUAAAAGCUAUUCUGCACCUGACUGAGUCACAAGUAGCAGACUUUGAGCAGAAAGCCUUCUUCAGUGACGCAUGUGAGAGAGACUUCUGUUUCAGUGCAAACCCUCACCAGCAACAGAGGGAAGCCAGUGGAGAGAAGCCCUGGAACGAAGCUAUGGACUGGGCCUCGUUGCUGACCAGGUGCAGCUUCUAUGCAUCACAGAAGCCUUUCACGUAUAGGGAGGUAGAGGAGGAUUUCCCAGCCAUCUCAGGCCUUCUUCAGCACCAGGACACUCUUCACACCGAGGAGCCACACAGUGGUCCUGAGAGUGGGCAGGCCGUUCUUAGUGGAAAACAUCAUCACGAGUCGGGUGAGUGUAAAACGGCUGCCUUCCACAACCAGAACCUUGUUCAACAGCAGAGCGUCUGCCCUGGAAAAGGGCAUUUUGAGUGUCGCAAAUGUGGGAAGGCCUUUCGCCAAAAGUUUAACCUCAUUCGUCAUAGGAGACUUCACACUGGACAGAAGCCUUAUGAGUGUGGUGAUUGUCCGAAAUCCUUUAGCCAAAGCUCUAGCUUCAUUCAGUACAAGAGAGUUCACACUGGAGAAAAGUCAUAUGAGUGUAGUGAUUGUGGAAUGUCCUUCAGCCAUAGGUCUAAGCUCAUUGAACACCACAAAGGUCACACAGGUGAAAGGCCUUAUGAGUGUCGUGAAUGUGGGAAGUUUUUUAGACGCAAAGAUUACCUCCAAAACCACGAGAGAGUUCACACUGGGGACAAGCCGUAUGAAUGUAGUGAUUGUGGGAGAUGCUUUCGCUAUCAAAAUGGACUCAUUCAACAUGAGAGAAUUCACACUGGAGAAAAGCCAUAUGAGUGUAGCUAUUGUGGAAAGUCCUUCAGCCAGAGCUCAACACUCAUUGAACACCACCGAGGUCACACUGGGGAAAAGCCUUAUGAGUGUAGUGUUUGUGGGACAUCUUUCAGCAGAAGGUCUGGCUUCACUCGACAUCAAAGAAUUCACACUGGAGAAAAGCCAUAUGAGUGUAGUGAUUGUGGGAAAUGCUUUAGCUAUAACAGUGGACUCGUUCAACAUCAGAAAAUUCACACUGGAGAAAAGCCAUAUGAAUGUAGUGAUUGUGGAAUGUUCUUCAGCCAUAAGUCUAAGCUCAUGGAACAUCACAAAGGUCACACCGGAGAAAAGCCUUAUGAGUGUAGUGAAUGUGGGAAGUUUUUUAGACGCAAAGCUAACCUCCGUAUUCACCAGAGAGUUCACACUGGAGAAAAGCCUUAUAAGUGCAGUGAAUGUGAGAAAACCUUUGGACAAAACUGUAACCUCCUCCAACAUAUGAAAGCUCACACUGGAGAAAAGCCGUAUCAGUGUACUGAUUGUGGGAAGUCCUUCAGCCGUAAUUCUAUCCUCAUUGAUCACCAGCGAUCUCACACUGGAGAAAAGCCUUUUGAGUGCAGUGUUUGUGGGAAAUGCUUUAGACUACGCAGCAGUCUUAGUUAUCACCAUCACGUUCAUUCUGGGAAAAAAGCCUUAUGACUGGUGAAUGUGGGAAUUCCUACAGCAAUACUUGUGGCCUCGUUCUUCACCAGAUAGUUCACACUGGAGAAAAACCGUAUGAAUGUUGUGAUUGUGGAAAAUGCUUUAGUUUUAAACAUAGACUCAUUCAACAUCAACUCACAGUGAAGAAAAGCCCUAUGAGUAUAGUUAUUGUCGAAAGUCAUUCACACAAAGGUCUCAACUCGGUAAACGCCGCAAAGGUCACACUGGUGAAAGGCCUUAUGUGUGUAGUGUUUGUGGGAAGUCCUUUGUGACAACCUCUCUCCUCAUUGAACACCAGCGAUGUCACACUCGAGAAAAGCCGUGUGAGUGUAGUGAAUUUGGGAAGUUUUGUGUUUUUUUUUUUUUUUAAUAUAUAAUUUUAUUGAUUUUAGGGAGGAACAGAGAGGGUGAGAGAUAGAAACAUCAAGGUUGAGAGAACCAUGGAUUGGCUGCCUCCUGCACGCCCCCUACUGGGGAUCAAGCCAGCAACCUGGACAUGUGCACUUCAUGGGAAUCAAAUCUGGGACCCUUCAGUCUGCAGGCUUACUCUUCUAUCCACAGAGCCAAACCGGUCAGGGUAAAUGUGGGAAGUUUUUUUAUAGAAAGCUCUAUCCUUUUCCAACACUACAGAGUUCACUCUGGAGAAAUGCCUUUGCAAUGUAGUGAUUGUGGGAAAUUCUUUAGACAAUGUUCCAACCUGAUUCAACACUGGAGAGUUCAUUCUGGAGAAAAGCCUAUGGGUGUACUGGAUGUGGGGAUUCUUUUAGACUCAAAUCUAACCUCUUUAGACACUAAAAUGUUUACACUGGAGAAAAGCUUUAAAGAUGCUGGGAUGUUGGGAAUGUUUCAUUUCCUCGGUCAUAAUAACACUAGAGGAGACGGAGAACCAUUUACUUUAAAUCUUUUUAGCAAAACUGUGCUAGAUUCCUCAUACACUUCAGGUAUAAAUGUUUUUAACUCUCUAUCCCUCUCCCUUCCUCUCUGUAAAAAAUCAAUAAAACAUAUUUUAAAAAAAAAUCACAAGGACAAACUCUAGACAAAGUAGGCAUGUUCCUACCUGAACCUGUUUUCGCACAUGGUCAGUUAUAUGUUGCUUUCUCUCGAGUUCGAAGAGCAUGUGACGUUAAAGUUGUAAAUAAUUCAUCAAGAGGGAAAUUAGUCAAGCACUCUGAAAGUGUUUUCACUCUUAAUGUGGUGUACAGGGAGAUACUAGGAUAAGUUUACUCACUUUAUUAGUCAUUGUUUGCAUAACUUGUUUGUAUAUGAUGUUUUUGUUUUUAUAUCAUGCCUCUGUUAUAUCCUUUUGUUACUGUUUAUUUAUUAAUAAAUUUAUAUAUUCUCAUACAUUUUAGUAAUUGCCUUUCAUCUCUCACACUUCUAUUAUAGAGAAAGGGCAAAUAGCAAUAUUAAAAUAUUUCCUCUAAUUCCCUUUUAAUGUGCAUGGAUUUCAUGCACCAGGCCACUAGUUUUUAAAUAAAAUGUGAACAUUGAGUACAGCAGUAUUUAGUGGGAGCUCAAAGGUUAGCUUUUUAUACCAUUUCAUGGAUUUUCGUAACGGAUUAUUAUAGGCCAGCCGUGGGCAAACUACGGCCCACAGGCCGGAUCUGGCCUGUUUGAAAUGAAUAAAACUAAAAAAAAAAAAAAA